CUCCCAUUCCGCAGAGAGUGAAACAAACAUGGCGACAGAAUGGUGUGGGAAAGGGUGCACGCUGACUUUAAUGCUGUUCAUUUAUAGUGGAGUCUGUGCGAAUGGAGCGGAAUCCACGGGGAGCGACAGCCGGAUCCUCGGCAUGCGCCUGGAGAGGAGCGACAAGCCCGCCAUGAUCACCGAUGAUGGGAUCCUACAGGUAACAGAGGAGAGUGACAUCCUGCUCAGGUUCUACGGACUGCAGAUCAGCAAUGACACCUGGACGCAGAUUAAGUUCAUGGAGCAGGGCGAGGACAUCAACGCUGACUUCAACAGGACUUGUGCUGACUUCACUAAAGACAUCUCCAUCAGGGCUAGUAUGAGUGUCAACAGCCAGGGCACAUCAGGGGUGCUGGGGGUCAAAAUUAAACCACUUAGGAAAAGCGAGUCCCAGAGGGAUUAUGGUGUGUGCAUCAGACACAGCCAAGAUGGAAAGUGGUACCUCCUGGGAGAACAUGAUGGAAAGUUACGGGUGGUGGAGGAGAAGAAGUCACUGCUUCCCAUUUGGCUCCAGGUGAUCUUGAUCGUUUGCCUUCUGGUGCUGUCAGGUAUGUUCAGUGGGUUGAAUCUGGGUCUCAUGGCUUUGGACCCCAUGGAACUGCGAAUUGUGCAGAGUUGUGGCACGGAUAAAGAAAAGAAGUAUGCACGUAAGAUCGAACCCAUUCGGAGGAAAGGGAACUACCUGUUGUGCUCGCUUCUCCUUGGAAACGUAUUGGUCAACACCACACUGACCAUCUUGCUCGAUGACCUCAUUGGCUCUGGUUUGGGUGCUGUGGUGGCAUCAACCAUUGGCAUUGUCAUCUUUGGUGAGAUUGUUCCUCAGGCCCUCUGCUCUCGCCAUGGCUUGGCAGUGGGUGCCAAUACCAUCCUUGUCACCAAGUUCUUCAUGCUUGUCACCUUCCCGUUGUCCUACCCCAUCAGUAAGCUCCUAGAUUGUGUGCUGGGCCAGGAGAUUGGCACUGUAUACAACAGAGAGAAGCUGGUGGAGAUGCUGAAGGUGACCGAGCCGUACAACGACCUGGUGAAAGAGGAACUAAACAUGAUACAGGGAGCUCUGGAGUUGAGGACUAAGACGGUGGAGGACAUUAUGACCCCACUCAAUAACUGCUUCAUGAUCAACAGCGACGCUGUCCUGGACUUUAACACCAUGUCUGAGAUCAUGGAGAGCGGGUACACCCGCAUACCCGUUUAUGAGGAUGAACAGACCAAUAUCGUGGACAUUCUCUUUGUGAAAGACCUGGCAUUUGUGGACCCAGAUGACUGCACUACGUUGAAGACCAUCACAAAGUUCUACAACCAUCCAGUACACUUUGUCUUUCAUGACACCAAGUUGGAUUCCAUGUUGGAGGAGUUUAAAAAAGGUAAAUCCCACUUGGCGAUUGUUCAGAAAGUUAAUAACGAGGGGGAGGGAGAUCCGUUCUAUGAGGUGCUGGGAUUGGUCACCCUGGAAGAUGUCAUUGAAGAGAUCAUCAAAUCAGAAAUCCUGGAUGAGUCUGACCUCUACACUGAUAACCGCAACAGAAAGAAAGUGGCACACAAUAAGAACAAGCGUGACUUUUCUGCCUUCAAAUACGAGAGUGAGUCUAAAGUUAAGAUCUCUCCUCAGCUGCUGUUGGCUGCUCACCGCUUCCUUGCAACAGAGGUAAAUUUGUUCAGUCAGUCUCAAAUAUCUGAGAAAAUUCUUCUGCGGAUCCUUAAGCACCCUGAUGUGAUCCAAGAGAUCAAAUUCAACGAGAACGACAAGCGAUCGCCGCACCACUACCUUUACCAACGUGGCAAACCGGUGGACUACUUCAUACUCAUAUUGCAGGGCCGUGUGGAAGUGGAGGCUGGGAAUGAAAAUAUGAAGUUUGAAACCGGACCUUUCUCUUUCUAUGGAGUCAUGGCUCUUAGUGCACCGACACUAGAGUUCCGUUCACCCUCUCAUAUCAGCGGACUGAACCGUUCUGCAUCUCUGAGUCACACGGAUCGCCCUGAACUUCAGUCCGUAAGUGGCAGCAAUACACAGCUCAAUAGCGCCACCUCGCCACAAUACACGCCAGACUUCAAUGUCAGAGCUCUCGUUGACCUACAGAUUGUUAAGAUUACACGCUCUCAGUAUCAAAACGGUCUUGUUGCAUCUCGGUUGGACAGCUCGCCUCAAUCUCCCGACAGUGGACACACUUGUGUGGAAAACAGCACAUCUUCUGCCCCACUUCCCUCAAUAGAAAACAUGCUCACUCUUACAGAUGCCCCUGAUGAGACGACCUCCCUCCUCAAUGAGCAAAACUGCCUACCUGCACGCCAGGCCAACCACAACUCACAUAACUAGAGUGCCAUCUGACACGCACACAAUUAUCAACACACACUGACAUCGGUGACCACGUGGUCUCACUGGCAUGCACAAUCAACCACUUGACCUACGGACGAAUCGAGAUCCCAAACACUUGGAGGAUGUUAAGCACUUUUCAAGACAUUGGUUAAAAUAUUCCAACAUAAUCAGACCCCUUUCAAUGCUAGCCAGAAUUGCUGCCGGUAACUUGAUUCUGAUAAAGCAUUAUAUCACUGGGGAAUAUGGAGCAAUAGUUUGACAGGAUAGCUGAAAAUGACAUUGUGUAGUAAAUUGUGCAAGACGAAAGCACAGAGAAGCCAAAGUGUACCUGAACUGAGAAGGGCCCCUGUUUCAAACAGACUGCUUUUGGGGCAUUUUAUGGACCGUGCGAAUGGAGAAAAUUAUAUACAGUAUAUGAAAAAUUUUAUUUUGUCAUUUUUCUGUUGAGACUGCUCAUAGAAAUUUGCUGAAAGUCAUUGUGAAAGAGGGAAACUGUAGAUGCCUAUUUUAUUUUAAUGAAGUAUUUUUUAUUUUUUUUUCUUCUUCCAGAAAAUAAAUAUCUAAACAGUCUUAAAACAAGAUAAAUUUACUUGAAGUAGUAAGUGCGGUAAGAAAAAUAAACUUCAUUCAGAAUAUACUGUUUUUUUCUCUGAAAACAAGUCUUAUUGUCUUAACACGGUUUUCUUGUUUUAAAGGGAUUGGUUUACCCAAAAAUGUAAAUUCUAUCUCCAUUUACUCACCCUCAUGUUGUUCCAAACAUGUUUUGUUCGUUCAUUCUUUCUUUCUUUCUUUCUUUACAAAAGGAGAAAGAAAGAAAGGAAAAAGCCAUAUGGGUUUGGAAGAACAUGAGGGUGAGUAAAUGGUGACCUUUAAAGGGAUAGUUCACCCAAAAAUUAAAAUUCUCAUUAUUUGCUCACCCUCAUGAUAUCCCAGGUGUGUAUGACUUUCUUUCUUCAGCAGAACACAUUUGAAGAAAAAUAGAAAAAUAUCUCUGCUCAGUAGGUCCUUAAAAUGCAAGUGAAUGGGGAUUUCUCAUUUGAAGCUCCAAAAAUCACAGACAGUCAGCAUAAACAUCAUCCAUACGACACCAGCUGUUAAAUUAAUGUCUUCUAAAACUACACGAUCAUUUUUGGUGCGAAAAAGACAAAUAUUUAAGUACUUUUUGUUUUACUCUAAAUCAUGCUUCCGGUGCAAUGCAUUAGCAUUUGAAACACGCAAGAACUGAGGCAAGUGUGUCACAGCCAGAAGAGCAGCACUGUUUACAAGUGAGGAGUAGCAGCACUGGACAGUAGCUUGGUUGGUUUUGGUUUAGAUUUGUAUUGAUCUAUUUCUUUACUUAUAGUGGUGCGUUUGUGUGCUCAUCCUGGAUGAAGAAGACAUUAAUUUAACAGCUGGUGUCUUAUGGAUGAAGUUUAUGCUGGCUGUCUGUGAUUUUUGGAAGAUAUUUUUCUUCAAAUGUGUUCUGCUGAAGAAAGUAAGUCAUACACACAUGGGAUAUCAUGAGGGUGAGUAAAUAAUGAGAAUUUUCAUUUCAUUUUCAUUUUUUUUUUUUUUUUUUUUUUUUUGCAGUGUAGCCACUUCACUUUUGUACCAAAUUAUAUUAGUGUCAUUUGCAUGCGAGUGUGUGUGUGUGUGUGUGUGUGUGUGUGUGUGUGUGUUUGAGUGAAAGAUAUGAUGAGACUGAGAUAUUUGCACGUGUAUGAGUGUGUAUUUGUAUGUCUAACAACGCAUGAGUCUGAUUUGACCGUUGCAGCCCAAGCAAGCAACAACUCAGGGAGACAUCGACCUUCACAUACAAUAGUGCAUGUUAGUCCUUUGACAAUUCGCUGCUCAUUUAUGUGAACCCAUGCGAACCCAAGUGAUCAGAAUACACAAAGCAUGCUGUUGUUAAAUGCACCGAAUACUGAAAUAAUAAAACACACUGCAUCUGAAGUAUACAGGAACAUAUGGCAUCCACAUAUCAUUUCUACGUCAGAUAAUUCCAUUGGUUGUCUGUGCUCAUGUGAUUGUCUAUGUAAAAUUGCAUCAAGUCCUUUGAAAAGUAAUGCAUUGACUUUUUUACUUCAAAGUAAACAAGCAUCAGUCGUCGUAGUACAACCGUUUGUAAAAUGAGUCACUUUUCUGCACCAAACGUUGUGUAAUAGAGCUCCCAAACUGUAUUUAUUGCUCCCAUUGGACCAGAGGUAAUCUAACCAAAUGAAUAUAUCUAUUUGCUGUAUUUAUUUAGCAUAAAAUUGAAGCUGUAUAUUUUUAAAUGGAUUUUUUCCUGUUUCUUUGUGAGUUCUUUAAAUUGUUGUGUUUUAUAAGCAGGUUGAAUUGUUGUUCAUGCUAGCAAGAUUUUUUUUUAUUAUUGUCAGGUAGCUCUUCGUGGUAAUCUCAUUGAGAUGCCUAAAUGCCUGAAGUUGGCACAUCAUAAAGUGUUCACACAUCUGUUUCUUCUUUGCCUUUUUUCCCCACUGUGGACAUCUUUUGCUUUCGUACCAAAAAUGUUUGAAACAGAAAAGAACAAUCAGAAAAAGACAAGUGUCUUAAGACGAGACGUGUUGAUCACAUGAAAAAGCACCUGAAAGCCUCUUUUAAUCUGUAGCUUCUCUUCAAUAUGAUAUGAAUAUGAUGAUAAGGGGUGCAACAACUGCACUGUGUAUUUCUAUUAUUGACUGUUCAUGUGGAAAACAGCUCAAUGUGAUGCAAUCAGUAAGACUCCCCUUUCGGUCAAGCUUUUAAUCAUUUCCUGUCCUUUAAUCACAUAUUGUGAUUUUACGCAAGUCUCCCCCAACCCCACCCCCUUUGAAAACUGAAGCAGUUGUUCUGUGUUACAACUUUAUUCUUUUUAUACUGUAUUUUUCCAAGUUAUUUUGUGGUUUGGAUGAGAUCUUUCUUUUAAAUGAUCUGAGUCUGGCUAUUAAAUUAUUUAUUAAAUCAGUGUAAUACAUUAAAUAUUCUUGUAUUCAUCA